AUGUGCAGCUGUGGGGAGCUUCACUGGGGUUGGGGGCGCUGUGCCCCCGGCCCCGUGCUGCUCCUGAGCCUGCUUCUGUCUGCAGCCCCGGCGGCCCUAAUGGGGGAGGAGACACGCCGGGUGUCUCUGGAGGUCAUCCCCAACUGGCGGGGCCCCCCUCAGAAUUUGCUUCAUAUCCGUGCAGUGGGCACCAACUCCACCCUGCAUUACGUUUGGAGCAGCCUGGGACCUCCAGCGGGACUCCUGGUGGCCACUAACACCCCCAACAGCUUCCUGACGGUCAACUGGAGCCGCCUGCUGUCCCCUGAGCCUGAUGAGGGUCUGAUGAUACUCCCCAAGGACAGCAUCCAGUUUUCUUCUGCCCUUGUCUUUACCAGGCUGUUUGAAUUUGACAUCACCAACAUAUCUGAGACAGUAAAGUUCCCAGGAAAACCGUACCCCCCAUACUCUUUGGCUGAAUUCUCCUGGAACAACAUUACAGACUCGCUGGAUCCUGCCACUCUAAGCACUACAUUUCAAGGCCACCCUAUUCACGACUCUACCAAAGCUUUUGCCAAUGGCAGCCUGAACUUCAGGGUCCAAGCAUUUUCCAAAUCUGGCCGACCAGCCCAACCCCCUCGCCUCCUGCACACAGCAGACACCUGCCAGCUGGAGGUGGCCCUGGUGGGGGCCUCGCCCCGGGGAAACCACUCUCUGUUUGGACUGGAGGUAGCCACCUUGAGCCAGGGCGCUGACUGCCCCUCAGUGCAGGAACAGCACUCCAUUGACGACGAGUACGCACCAGCCGUCUUCCAGUUGAACCAGCUGCUGUGGAAUUCUUUCCCAUCAGGCUUCAUGCAGUGGCGACCAGUGGCUUUCUCCCAGAAGCAGGGGAGCCGAGAGUCGGCUCUACCCUGCCAAGUAUCCCCUCCUCACCACACCUUGACAUACCCACUUCCCCAGUCACCCAUUGUCCGGGCUUUCUUUGGAUCCAAGACCAACUUCUGUGCCUUCAAUCUGACAUUUGGGGCUUCUGCAGGUCCUGGCUACUGGGACCAACACUACCUCAGCUGGUCGAUGCUCCUAGGUGUGGGCUCCCCUCCAGUGGAUACUUUGUCUCCACUAGUCCUGGGCAUCAUGGCAGUGGCCCUGGGAGCUCCAGGCCUCCUCCUGUUAGGGGGAAGCCUGAUUCUGCUGCUGUGCCACAAGCGGAGUUCAGAGUACCAGCCCCUAAACUGA